GCACAUAAUUGUCACCGGACAAUUUUAUUACCACCAUACUAGGUGGUAACAACGCGAAAACAGCUGUCGUUUGUUUACGUUUUCAAUAAUAAAAGAGUGCAGAGUGGUUUUAUUUAUUAAAAAAAGAACUUUAAAAACGGGUUUUCAAUAUCAAAAACGUUAAAAUACAUAAUGUCCAGUUCUUUAUUAUUGUUCCUGGUAAUUGAUGAAGAAGAAUAUGAAAAGCCCCUACGCAGGCAAUAAUUGAAAACUUUUCGGGACAGCAGUGAUCCUCUUAAUUUACCUCACAACAUUUUUAAACAACAUUUUCGAAUGCCGAAGAUGCAUGUAAGAUGCUAAUAGAGGAACUAUUUCCAAAGGAUAUGCAGAUAGCGUCCUUGCCGUUUGCUGUGAGAUUUUUUUGCUGCUUCACUUUCUUGGCGAAUGGUUCGUACCAAAAAUGUAUCGCGAACAAUAUCUACGCUCCACUCAGUCAAUCGUCUGCUUCACGGGCAAUUAAAUAUAUAUGCAACCUGAUCGUGAAGCACAAGUCAUCGGAAGUAACAUUUCCUAUCACAAACGAGGAACAAUUGGCUAUAAAAGCUACAUUCUAUACAAAGUUCGGAUUAAAAGGAGGUGUUGGUGCAAUCGACUGCACACAUGUGGCGCUGAUCUGUCCACCGAAGAAUGACACAACAAAACCUUGCAGUCUCUAUAUGAACAGAAAGGGUUACUAUAGUGUUAAUGUUGAAGCAGUAUGUGAUGAUAAACUAAGAUUUUUGGCCAUUAAUGCUAACUUUCCGGGAUCCUGCCAUGACUCAGGCUUAUGGACAACAUCUAAGGUGCGUUCAUUUAUGAGCACUCAAAGAGGGAGUUUGUUGCUUGGUGAUCAGGGAUAUCCAUUACAGCCUUGGCUGAUUACUCCCUUGGCUGAACCAGCGUCUUUGCAAGAGCCCAGAGGUUGUGACUAUAAUAGUAAACACUUGCUUUAUUUUACACAAUAUGAUGGUGAAAUUGUGGCCAAAUGAUGAAGUGGAGUUGGAAGAAGAAGAAAGUUGGGAACUAAAUACAGAAUCCUCGAAUGCAACUAGCAGUCACCUCCAUCGAGAAUGUGAAAGGGUUCGCCGAUAUUUAAUCAACCAUAUAGCGUAGUAUAUUACUUUUUAUUAAGAUAAUAUACAGUAACUCCCACUAUAUGAUAUAGUGAUAGUUUUACAAUUUU